AUUUUUUGUUUGCAGAUUAGACAACAAUAAAAAUGUCAUUUAAUAAACAAGUUAUUUUGAAAUAAUUAUCUGCUUCAUUGAUUGUUUCCCAAAGCAAAACAUACGGAAUGUGGUUUUAGCAAUAAAUUACGAUAGCACCUUAAUUUCGGUGACAUUGAGAUAAGAAUGACUGUGCAAAUAAACAUAUUAGUAAAACGUGUCUGUUACCAGCUUAAAACUUGGAUGUUUCAACAUACUUUUAAAUUGUAGCCAAAAUGUUGCUAUUGCUACUUAUAUUUCUACUUACAUUAGUGGUUUUGGUAGUGACCUAUUUUCGACAAAAGUUUACUUAUUGGAAAUCAAAGAAUAUUUUAACCCUGCCAUAUCCGUCUAUACCAUGGGGACACAUCAACAACCCUUUAAGUUCAACAACUACCAACAUGGGAAUUCAUCUCAUGGAAGUGUAUCAAUACAUCAAGUUCUAUAAAGAAAUUCACGGUGGAAUAUACAUGGCAUCUACUCCAGUUUAUGUUCCCGUAAACUUAGAACUAAUAAAAUGCAUUCUCAUCAAAGAUUUCAAUCAUUUUGAUGAGAAAGGAAUGUAUUAUCAUGAAGAAGCACAACCGAUCAGCGCGCAUAUGUUCCAAAUAGGAGGAGAAAAAUGGCGCAGAAUUAGACAAAAAGUCUCGCCGACUUUUACCAGCGGAAAACUAAAAGGGAUGUUUCCGAUUGUGCAUAACUGCGUAAAACCCAUGCUGGAGUUUGUUGCUACACAAGAUGUGUUUGACAUUAAACGAGUUUCGGCAGAUUUUACCAUUGAUGUUAUUGGUAAUUGUGCUUUUGGUCUCGAAAUUAACAGUUUCAAAAAUGAACACUCUGAAUUCUACAAGUUUGGAAAGAAAAUAUUUAUGACAGACACUUUUAGAGCAUUUAGCCGUUUGUGCACCAUGUUUUUCCCAAAUAUUUGUCACGCGUUAAAUAUUGUUAACCAUUACAAAGAUGUUGAAGCGUUUUUCACUGAGAUUGUUACUGAAACUGUGAAGCUCAGAGAAGAAGGCAAAGUUCCUAAACGAGAGGAUUUUAUUAACUUGCUUAUUGAGCUAAAACGUGAAGACAAAGGUAUUACUAUUCAAGACAUCAUUACCCAAUCAUUUUUAUUCUUUGCUGCUGGUUUUGAGACAUCUUCAAGUGCAAUUAGUCAUUUACUUUUUGAAACGGCUCAACAACCAGCAAUUCAGCAUAAAAUCAAAAAGGAAAUUGAAGAAGUACUGAAUAAACAUAAUGGCCAAUUGACAUAUGAAGGAAUUCACGAGAUGACUUACUUGAGUCAAGUAAUGGAAGAAACACUACGUAAAUAUCCAAGUGUAACAGUAAUGCAUCGAGAGUGUUCAAGAGAUUAUCAAGUUCCCGGGACAAAUUUAACUCUAGAAAAAGGUACAUUGGUAUUCAUUCCAACGCUGGCUAUUCACUGGGACGAUGAUAUUUAUCCUCGGCCUCAUGUAUUUGACCCUGAGCGUUUCUCUGCCGAAAAAAAGAAAGAAAGAGAAGUUUGCAGUUGGCUUGGAUUUGGUGAAGGCCCUCGACAAUGCAUUGGUUUACGUUUUGCCCAUCUUCAAACAAAAAUUGCUUUAGUGUCUUUGUUUAAAGAGUACAAUUUCAAUUUGCAUGAAAGUUCCAGGCAGCCUUUAACGUUUAGUAAAGCACAUAUCCUGUCUUCAAAAGGAAGUAUUAUGCUUGAGAAACAAAAGUGGAGUGAUACCAACCUGGAAAACUUUUUAAAAGAAGAUCGUCAGAUUCUUAAAGAGCGCGGAAUGAAAAUGGAUGAUAUUUUGAAACUACUACAAUCCGGAAAAAUACCUCUUGAUUCAUCUCAUAUGGAGUUAUUGUAUAACAAAGUAUCAGAAGAAAUGAAAAAAUAAGUUUUUUUGCUAUUGUGUUAAUUUUUUGUUAGAAUUUUGAAUAAAAGUGAUUCAAAAGUUA